CUCUCUCUCUCUCUCUGCCUGUCUGUGUCUCUGAACUAUGGCUGACGUUAGCAAUCAAUCCAAAGCCCAUCUGAUCUUCACGUACGGCACGCUCAAGCGAGGCUUCCCCAACCACACCCUCAUGGAGUCCCUGAUUCACCAGAACGACGCCGUUUUCCUCGGCCCCUACGUCACCUGCAUCUCCUACCCACUUGUCGUCGGGCCCCACGGCAUCCCCUUCCUCAUCAACCUCCCCGGGUCGGGCAACCGUGUCACGGGCGAACUAUACUCCGUCUCGGCCCGCGGACUCUAUCCGGUUGACGACCUCGAGGGCACCAGCCUCGGCCACUACGAGCGGCUUCCCGUUAAGCUGAUUCCCUGCAAAAGCACCAACUCCGAUGCAGGUGGCUUGAUUCAGGUGGAGGCCGAGGCGUACUACGCUCACCGGAGCUUCGGGGAGGGUUUGUGGGAGAGGAAGGGGAAAGAGGGGUUGAGUGCGUACACAGAGAAAGAGGCGAGUGGGUACGUCAGAAGAGAGGAUAGGCCCAAAGAUAGGAGCUUUCGCGAUGAGGUGCAUUUCUUUGUGUCUGCUGCGAAAAAUUGAUCGAUCGGAGGAGAAAAUUCAUGCAACUCUCAAGCCGGCUUCUCUUGUAUUACAUAAAAGCAUUUGUCCGAGGGGAUGCAGAAAUAACAAAGUUGUGUUCCACAAACAUCUGCAUGGAUUUGGAUUUAUGUACAAAUUUUGGGACUAAUCAAGAAAAUGAUUACUAGGUCCUGAAAUAAACGAGUUUAAGGGAUUUAGUGAGAUCGCACCACUAAAGCAGGUGCAGGAUAAUCUCCAUACAAUUUGUUAUGGGACACAAAUUGGAGGUUGCUAACACGGUUUAGUGCUCCUUUAUUAUAUUUCUAUUUGCUUUUGUGCUCCAAGGGAACCAUACAAACCAGUUUUACAUAA